AUGAAUCACAAGCAUACGAUCUAUCUCAUUUGCAUCGCGCUAGUAGUCAACUGGGUAUGGACGUGCGCCGAGCUGUUCACAGCAAUAUCCGACAUGGAACAGCUAUUAGUGACCCAAAAAAAGAUCAUCGAUGACUUGGAAGAUUAUAUUCAAAGAGAAGAGAAAAGACUUGGUGUUUUAAAAAAACAGUUAAAUAUGUACAGAAGUGAGCACGAGAUAGCGAUGGCAGACGUCGACAACUAUUUGGGCAAUCCCAUCAACGCCUUCACUCUCAUCAAAAGACUCACUAUAGAUUUAGAAUUUAUAGAAAACGUAAUAAAACUUAGCACAGAAUAUGUUAGGAACGAGACAGCUAAAGGCACAGAGGUGAAAUAUCCUACCGAGGUGGAUCUGACGGGAGCUGCGCAAGCUCUCACGCGGCUGCAAAACACGUACCGACUGGAUAUAGGAGAACUGGCUCAGGGGAUAUUAAAUGGAGUCGUUUAUAGUACACCGAUGAGCGCCAGUGACUGCUACGAGCUUGGCCGUACCCUGUACAUAGUCGACGACUACUCCAACUCUCUGCGCUGGAUGCAAGAGGCGCUGCGCAAAUACAAAGAAGACGAAUUUCACAAUUUAUCGGAAGUAGACAUUUUGGAGUACAUAAGCUACUUGCAUUACCUAUUAGAUGAUGGCCAAACAGCUUUAGAGUGGACCACGAAGAUUCUAAGUCUCGAUCCGAACAACCAACACGCUCUGAAUAACAUUCCAUUUUAUUUAAAGAGUGUUACAGAAAAGAAGAAGAUACUUGAAAUGGAAAACGCAGACGAUGAUGACGAAGAGGAAACCUAUUUAGAAAGAGAUACCAGAAUGUACGAAACACUUUGUCGCGGUGAAAUGGAACUACCCAGUCAAAUUGUUAGGAACCUUAAAUGCAGUUAUUUGACAAAAAAUCAUCCGUUUCUGAAGUUGGCUCCGAUAAAGAUGGAACAAAUAUACAUAGAGCCUGACGUGUUCUUGUACCAUGAGGUGAUGAGCGAUGAGGAGAUCGAGCACAUCAAAGACAUGGCCAGGCCCAGAUUCAAACGUGCAACUGUCGUCAAUGCCAUGGGAGAAGGAACACCAUCAGACUCUCGUAUCGCCAAGUUUGCCUGGCUGAAGGACGAGGAGUCAGCUGUGGUGGCGCGCGUGUCGCAGCGAGUUACAGAUUUUACCGGAUUAAGUACGACCUACGCUGAGAAACUACAAGUCGUCAACUACGGCAUCGGGGGUCAUUAUGUACCACAUUAUGAUUCUGAAUUGAAAAGUGAUAUGCCUUAUAAAACUGCAUUCGACAGAAGGCUGGCUACAGUUAUAUUCUAUAUGUCCGACGUAGCGCAGGGGGGCGCCACUGUGUUCUUGGAGCUGGGACUGAGCGUGUUACCCGUAAAGAAUGCUGCGCUAUUCUGGAUGAACCUGCACCCGUCGGGCGAGGUUGACAUUGCCAUGCGUCACGCCGGCUGCCCCGUGCUGCGCGGCUCCAAGUGGAUAUGCAAUAAAUGGAUUCACCAACUCGGUCAAGAACUGCUUGCGCCGUGCAACCUGGAAUAUCAACCAGAAGAGGUUUUGCGAAAAAUUAUAAAAGCUAAACCUAAAGUACAGGUUUAGUACGUUAGUGAUCUUGUGUACAUAUUGUAAAAUGUUUCAACGUGUUCUUGUAAAAAAUAAACGUUAUUAUAAGCAGCAAUGUUCUGAACAAGAUUGGGUAAGGAUAUGAAGAAGGAGAAUGUCAUAAGAGGAGAUGCCACAAGAGAAGAAAGUGAUCGCACGUCCAACGAACCGUCCUUGUGGAACUCUGCAGUUAAACGAUUACUAUGGACAAUUUAUUUUGUUACGAUUGAACAUUGCACAAUAAAAUCAUAUUCGCAAACAUACCAGAAAAAUGUUCAAUGCACGCGCAUAAAA